CGGGGGCGGGGCCGAGGGGCGAGCGCGAGCGGUUUGGCCGUGAGCGGGACGCAGGGGCUCGCCUCUCGCAGAGCCUGGCCGUGGCCCUCCCGCUCCGCUGCCGCGCCUUGCCUGGGGGAGCGCGCGCUCUGACGUAGGAACGGAGACGGCUGGCCGGCUCCUCGCGGGGCUCGCCGGUGGAGGGGAGCUGGUCCGCCCAGGCCCCGGCCCUUUGGCCUCAGAACUGCGCAUUCUGGUGCUGACAGGUGCAGACUGGCGGAUGGUUUGUUUUUGUUUCUUGUUGCGCUUUGGGCGUAACGAGCCUUGUACAUCCGGCUUUGGAGCAUCGCCCCCCGGGCUUGAUUCUCCCGUUUUCCACCGACGCUGAAGCAAGACAACAAGUGACAAACGUUUGAUUUGGUUGCUGCUGUUCUCCAUCUGGGCGGAACUGUCCACCAAUAGGUGCGCAACUUUCUCUGUCGUUUCUCGCCCCCAGGAUUAUGAUUGCCUGGGGCUGCACGGCUCGGAUUUACCUUUUCAGUUUAAGGCCCCUCAAUGUGAGGAGACACCUGGUUUGGAUAAGAUGGGGUAAUAAAUCUGACAACUCCCCAUCUAGUCAUAAACACAGCUUGAUCAAAGCUCAAGCCUUGGCUAAGACCACCCUAGUGUGCUGGGGGAUCACGAAGGUGUCUGGUGUGAGAUGCCAGGAAGCAUCAAACCAAUGUGCAUCCUUAUUCCCUGAACCUGCCAAAAACAAACAACCUUCAGCUGGAUUCUUCUGGCAUCUUGGCUUUGCCCUUCGCCUGGGACUCCGGGCUUGUGUUCUCUUGUUGAAGUUUGGCCCUUUGCUUCUGCUUUAUCCCAUGACCUACCUGUCUUCAGGUUUUUCAGCCCUCUGGCUCCAUCUUCUGCUCAAGGCCACGGAGUCCUCGGGCCCCACUUAUAUCAAGCUGGGCCAGUGGGCGUGCACCAGGAGAGAUCUCUUCUCUGAAGAGUUCUGUAUUAAGUUUUCUAAGCUUCAUGUCAAGGUGACCCCUCAUCCCUGGGGUUACACCAAACGCUUCCUCAGGAGAGCAUUUGGGGAAGACUGGAAGAGAGUCCUCAAGUUUAAAAGCAAGGAACCCAUUGGCUCGGGUUGUGUUGCCCAGGUAUACAAAGCUUAUGCUGAUGCCGCUACUAUUGAGGACCCCCAGUUCGAGGAACGAGUGAAGAACUCUGAAACAGAAUCUGCUUUUGAAGCCUGGGAGGUGUCUGGUCUUAGGGGCCUCUUCAGGUGGCCCUGGAAAUGGAAGGCUGGAGAGAUUUUGGAAGACAGCAGUGCAGACCAGUCACUUCAGGAAGAACGUUCCAUUGAAGGUAUUAAUACAAAUGCUACCUCUGAGAAGCAAAUGUCUGGAUCUCAGCUAACUACAAACACAUCAUCUGUCGACAGUUUAGAUGAGAUGGACCAUCUUAUUCCUGUAGCCAUUAAAGUCCUGCAUCCUGGACUAGUCCACCAGGUCCAGAUAGAUCUGCUUCUGAUGAAGAUGGGCAGCAAGAUCAUUGGGCUUUUCCCAGGGCUCAAGUGGCUCAGCCUGACUGAAAUAGUGGAGGAGUUUGAGAAGCUCAUGACUCAACAGCUUGACCUACGCUAUGAAGCCAGAAACCUGGAGCGCUUCCAGAAAAAUUUCCUGGAUAUGGAUUUUGUUAAGUUCCCAACUCCACUUCACCCCUUUGUAACGAGAAAUAUCCUGGUGGAAACAUUUGAGGAGAGUCAGCCCAUAUCCCAGUAUCUGCAUAUGGACAUUUCCUCGGAGCUCAGGAGGAGACUAGCCAAGAUGGGCAUAGACAUGCUCCUAAAGAUGGUGUUUGUUGAUAAUUUUGUCCAUGCUGACCUGCACCCUGGGAACAUCUUGGUCCAGGGCACUGCGCAUUUCAGCACUGGCCGCAAGGAUCAGACCGCCAUUGUGGACAUGUGUGACACGCUGAUCGUGGAAGUGCAGCUGUCCCCCUGCCCGCUCCGUCUGAUGCUGCUGGAUGCAGGGAUUGUGGCAGAGCUGCAGGGAGCUGACCUUCAGAACUUCAAGGCUGUCUUCACGGCUGUGGUACAGGGACAGGGGGAGAGAGUGGCAGAAUUGAUCCUUCAUCACGCCAGGGCUAACCAGUGCAAGGACAUAGAAAGAUUCAAAGUUGAAAUGGCAGAGCUAGUGACCAAGGCCAGGAUGAACACUGUAGCACUGGGAAAGCUUCAAGUGGCGAAUCUGCUCUCCAGUGUCUUUAAGUUACUGAUGACCCACAAGGGGGCUUUGGAUCUGGCCCUCAAUAACCUGCAUUUCAGAACUGACCCCAGACCUUAAAAGGACAGUGUUGAUGUCUCCAUUUUUUUCCCCUUACUGUUAAAAGUAAAAUGAAAACAAUUUGCUUUUUUCCCUGCAUGCAUUGCUUCCUUAUUGUAGGGUUGCGUAGGUGCACUGGGCUCUACACGCUGGUUUGUGAGGGGGUUACCCAGGAGUUAGGAGCUACUGGGACUUGCUUUAAAGCAGAAAAAAAAAUCACUUGUUUAAUUGAAUUCAACUGAGCUAUGACAAUGCUUCUAUGAACUAGGGCGCGUGCUCCAUGGGGCUCCCUCCUUGACAGUGUGGAGGUGGGGGAGGGGAGGCACAUUGCCCCUUUUCAUGCGUGUAUACUUGCCAGGUCCAUGGAAGCUCCUACAGCCGAGUUGGCACUGGGCAGCACUCCUAACUCCUGCUCCUCCAUGAAGGGAAAAAUCCUCUUCUAUAUGGAAGUGCAGAGUACUGUCUACUGGGCUAACUUAGGAUGUCUCCUUUGACAUGAUCCGCUUCCUCUCCUCCCUUCUGCUGAAUUGCAGCGAGGCUGAUUUGAAACUGAAGGGAAAUGAGUAAGCUCCUGUGUCACAGUCCAGAUGUCUAUGCACACAGACGCCCUCCCAGCCCACACCCACCGCAGGCUGGCACCUCAUUGAAAGGGGCUUGGAAAGAACAAAGCCACCCAAGUCCAUUACAACCUCUGCACUUGUGCUUUCAGGUGAAGCUGGAGAGUAACUUUGCCUCAGUUGUCUUUGCCAUCAUGGUUUUGGAAGGGCUUGCCCGUUCGCUGGACCCUGAACUGGACAUCUUGGAGGCAGCUAAACCACUUCUUAUCAGAACUGCUGCUUCUCUCCUAGAGUAGCAGCGGCCACUGACAUUUGUCUUGCAUUGCUGGGCUCUUUGGCAAGGACUGUCUGUGCUCCUUGGUAGCUGAUGGGGAAACAGCCUGAAGCUGGGGACAAGCCCUCACCUCUGAUGAGAAGCAGUGGGCUAUUCCCCAUUAAACUGGGUAUCAGCCAUCACCACCCAGGCAGCAUCCAGGUGCCAAAGACCUUUCCAGCUGACUUCAUGGUCCCCCAUCCUGCCUAUGAGAGAAUGCUGUUCUACGACAAUAAAGCCCUUUAAUUUGUAUCCAAGUUUGAGUAACAAAUAUUGACGUUGAGCUAUGGCUUGGUAAGACUUGUUAGGAAUCAGGCCUCCUUAUUGAUUAGUCCUACUUUGCUGAAAGGCAUUCAAACUGCAAUGAGAAGGGGUCAUACGAGUGGAUAGAUGGAAAAGCCUUGGAAAUGCAAUUGCAAACAUCAGGGACAUUUUGCAGCUUGAAAUGAUGGGUUCUGACUUCCUUAGAGAGAACUUUGCUUUCAGCCUUAUGGGCCUUUUAGAAUUUUACACGUUCAUACAAUCUGGUGUUCUUUGAUAGUUGGGUUUGACAGGAUGUUGGGUAUUCCUUCAGCCUGACUGAAGUGAAACUGUCAAGUCAUCUAGGUUCACAAGAUUGCAAUAAUCUAAUGGGGGGAAGUAGUCUGGGUUUGAAACAUCUUUUAAAAAUGUUUAGAUCUCACCGCUGUGAUCAGGAGUUUUAAAUUAAAACAAAAAAACACUCCAUCUCUCUUGUGGAACAAAACCAUGUGCGAAUUCCCCCUAUAGGCUAGCUCCUAAAAGCUAUAGUUGGAUUGGGCUUUAAAGAGCCAGAUCAGUUUCAGUGUCAUUUCAAUCCCAGGGGAGGAGAUAUUAUUUUCAGGCAUUGAAGAAUAGAAGCUAUACAUAUUUUUUUAAAUAGUUGCUAAGCAUCUCUUACUCUGGGGAGCUGGCGAUCUCCAUGUAUUCUGUUGCUAGAAGAAGAUUGCAUCCUAUUUAGUAUAGGGUUUGACACCGUGUACAAGCUCAGCAUGGUUUUCCUCAAGCACCAGCAAAUUAAAGAUGGAUCUUGGCGUGCAAGGAGCAGAAAUGUUUGCUGAAGUCUGAGGAGCAGGGGCUCAAGCCUGCCAUUAACUUCAGUGGAUGCAGGAUCAGAUCUUGUGCUGGUUAGCGUGAAUAGCAAUGACACGAGAGUGCAGAGAAGACUGUGCUGUUAUGACUAUUUGAACAGGUAAUGGAGAACUGGUUCCACCUUCCUAUAUCGAUAGCAUUCAUUUGUCUUUAAACACUACCCUUCCUAAUGCCAUUUGAAUGUUACCCAUAAACCUUUCCACAGAUUAAAUGCUACAAAAUGGAUUUUGUUUACUAUCCUCUUGAAAGAGGAAGCACUCUGGGGAAAGAUGUAAUUUAAAAUGCACCAUUUAUCAAUCUCCUCUUGGCUGACACACAUUUUUGAGUAGUUGCUAGUGCAAGUACCUUUACAUGAAACAUAAUUUUACAAAAAUUCUGUUGCUUAUGAGCGUCUGAGUAAAAUAACUCCUGAAUAUCCACCCGUGAGAAGCUGCUGAUUUUUAUAAGAUAUAACCUGCUGAACAACUGCAACUGAGGACAAGAUCAGACAGCUCGUUAUAAAUAUAGUUUCAGAGGCUUGAGAGUCCAUUUUUAUAUUGAAAUGUUUGGGUUUUUUUUUUCUUCAUUCUUUCCCCCUGUAGAUCAAAGUUGUUAAAGUAACUGACUACAUUAACUAAGUCACCAUUAUAUUAGGAGUGAGUAAUCUGAUUAUUUUGAAGGAACAACAAUAUUCACUACAUUGUUACUUUUCUGAGCCAUCCGGCAUGAAUGGUGAUGCCGUGGUACUCAGUGGGACCAAAGAGGCCUGGGGCCGCCUACACAAGUGAUUCAAAAGUUCUGGCUAUUAAAAUAAUCUG